AUGCAGCUCAAAACGAGUCUUGAAUAUGACGAAUACAAGAAGCAUUUUCCGAGUGUCUGUGAUUUUAAAAUCACUCCCGACAACAUUGAACUUCGAUACAAAGGCGACGUUGGGUGCACUGUGGAACUGCUUACCACCAGAACGAACAUGAUCAAAUUCACGACCGGCAUAGAUUUGACGAAAAGUAGUUGUAACUUGGGUGUUUGCAACAAACGUGCAAAUUUCGAGGAUGGAUUUUCAAAUCUCAUGCCCUUUGCCUACAGCAGAAACAAUAAGGAUCUCAAAAAUCUCAAUGAUGGUCAGGCCUCUGAGGGGAAUGAGUGUGAUAAAAAAUUCAAGUGCGGCCAUAAGUGCAUGAAUCAGACGUUUCUCGAAGUUUCGUGGUUUAAAUGUGAUGAUGAAAUACACGCUCACACCCAUCUAAUUGGUGAAUUUGAGUCAGGUCUGGAUCUAAAAAAGGAUGACAAUAAGAAGGAAUAUAAAUUCGAUCUGGAGAUAUUUGACAAUAGCAGCUUCAGAAUGGAUUUUGAGACAGGAAAAGAACUUCUUUACGAUACGAAAAUAAGUAGCAUUUUUUGCGUUAAAAAAGAAGGAGCAAUUGUCGAACCAAAAACAUGGAAAAUCACGAAUGGAGGUGAAGACCUGAAGGAUAAACACCUGCUCGUUUUUCAUCUACUUCCGUCAAAUGCUACACGGUUGCCCAAAGGGAGUGGGUUUGAACCUGGAACUAAACCAAAAUGUCCUCUCUUCAUCCGCUUUAACAAGCCAGACUAUGAAUUUCUUUAUGUUCCACCACCAACAACAUCUACAGUUACAACAACGACUAAAACAACAGCGGCAGGUACACAGCAAGGAAAUACGACACCACCAACAGCUAAAGUACAGGAAGAAAAGGACACCGAAGAGGGAAGUAAAGUUUGGAUUGUGGUAAUUGUGAUCAUUGUUGUGGUGGUGGUGGCUGUAAUUGGCGUUGGAUUCUCUGUCCGGUUUUACAUGGCAAAAAAAACAAAAGGAGAUUGACCAAAAGGAGCAUGAACUAAAAAACAUGACAAUCGGAAAAAACUACGUCAUCAAUCAGUUCAACAAAAUGGACCUCGAUGAAGCUAUAAACAAGAAAAUACUCCUGUAUUUGUAUGAACCGGAUGUGAAGGAAAGAGGUCUUGAGGCAGCUGGAGAUUUCAAACAUUGGAAAAUGGAAGUAAGGAGUGUUCAUUUAAAAGGCCGUCACUUGUGGAUCGAAGCGACUGAAGGGAUACACCAGACGGUUUGGUGAAGACGAUGCAGACUUCGAGAAGAGAAUAAACGAAGCGAUUGAGAAGACGGGAGCAAAAGUUGACACCAACGAUGGAAAGGGCAAAGAGGCGAAGACAUCAAAAACUCCGACGGGAAAGAAGCCUGCUAAGAAGUGAUGGGAGAAGAUGUUCUGAGAAGUCUGUGGAUAGGAAUAGAAACUAGAAGUUGAGAAGAUAUUUGGGGAUAGAGAAUAAUUUGUGUGUA